AUUGAACACAAUACAAAAUGACAAAUAACAUGAAACAAAAUACAUGACACCAAUAUUUGGCCAUAAGCUAAAUACCCAAAAUUUUAUGGCUUCUACUCUACCAAUGUCAAAUACUCUUGGAAUUCCACAAUUUCUUCACAAAUAUCAAUCACAAGUCAAUUUAUCCAAUUAUGCAACUAGACAACAAAGGCUUAAGACAAAGAAAAUUACUUGCAUCAACUCAGAUCAAAAGGUAGAGACACAUUUGCAUAGGCAGAGCCAAAAUGGAAGAACAAUUCAUCAAGAGAUUAAGGGCAUUGGUCCAGGAACAUGGGAAUCAAUGGAGGGUCUACUUCAUUGCUCAGCAAAUUCUGUUCCUUUGUCUCCAAUCAACUUCCUUGAGAGAGCAGCAAAUGUUUGCAGAGACAGAACAUCUGUUGUGUAUGGUUCUUUGAACUAUAAUUGGGGUCAAACUCAUCAACGUUGUCUCAAACUCGCUUCUUCUCUUACCCAAUUGGGGAUUUCCCGUGGGGAUGUGGUUGCCACACUAGCCCCUAAUAUCCCUUCAAUGUACGAGUUGCAUUUUGCAGUACCAAUGGCUGGAGCCAUUCUUUGUACUCUUAAUUCGCGCCUAGAUGCACAUAUGGUUUCAGUCCUAUUGGAACAUUCACAAUCAAAGAUUCUUUUUGUGGACUACCAAUUAGUUGAUAUCGCUCGAGGAGCAUUAGACCUCCUAACCGAAAGAGCGAAAAAGAAACCAAUUUUAGUCAUGAUCAUGGACUCUGAUUGCACAUCUACUAUUGAUUUCACUUCAAUUAGCUAUGAAUAUGAAAAACUUCUAGCUAUUGGACAUAAUGAUUUUGAUAUUGUGAGGCCACAUAGUGAAUUAGAUCCUAUAAGUAUAAAUUACACCUCAGGCACAACAUCUAGGCCUAAAGGAGUUGUUUUAAGUCACAGAAAUGCUUAUCUAAACUCUAUCGCAACGGUUCUAUUCUUACAAAUGAGCCUAUUUCCUGUUUAUCUUUGGAAUGUUCCGUUGUUUCAUGCUAAUGGUUGGUGCCUAGCUUGGGGAGUGGCAGCACAAUUUGGAACCAAUGUUUGUCUAAGGAAAGUAUCUCCAAAAAACAUAUUUGACAAUAUAGUUCAACAUAAAGUAACAUAUAUGGGAGGAGCUCCUACGGUUUUGAACAUGAUUGCGAAUUCUACAUUGUCCGAUAGAAAGGUGUUCAAUCACAAGGUAUCAGUAUUAACAGGAGGUUCUCCUCCACCUCCGCAGAUCCUUUCCAUGAUGGAAGAAAAUGGUUUUAGUAUUACUCACAUGUAUGGCCUCACAGAAACAUGUGGUGCAGGGACUUUUUGUGCUUGGAGACCUGAGUGGGACAUGUUACCGACCGAAGAAAAAUCGAAGAUAAAAGCUAGGCAAGGUGUGCCACAUGUAGGGAUGGAGGAAAUUGAUGUCAAAGAUCCUUCGACAAUGGAAAGUGUUCCGGCUGAUGGAAAAACGGUUGGCGAGGUAAUGUUUAGAGGGAAUACAUUGAUGAGUGGUUAUUUUAAAGACUUGAAAGCAACAGAAGACGCUUUUAAAGACGGUUGGUUUCAUAGUGGAGAUCUUGCCGUGAAACACUCUGAUGGUUACAUAGAAAUCAAGGACCGAUUGAAGGACAUAAUAGUAUCCGGUGGAGAAAACAUCAGCUCGAUUGAGGUAGAAACGGUAUUGUAUAGUCAUCCAGCGGUUCUCGAGGCUGCAGUUGUUGCUAGACCUGAUGAUCUAUGGGGCCAAACUCCUUGUGCAUAUUUGAAAUUGAAAGAUGGAUUUGAUGCAGAUGUUGAAGAGAUAAUAAACUUUUGUAGGGACCGUUUGCCGCAUUUCAUGGCUCCUAAAACAGUCAUUUUUCUAGAUAUGCCGAAAACAUCAACAGGUAAGAUCCAAAAGUUUGUUUUGAGAGAGAAAGCCAAGGCCUUGGGAAGCAUUUCAAAUGUACCAUCUGUUAGUAGCAUUUCAAAUGUACUAUCAGUUAGUAACAUGUCGUAUCCUUAAAUUACUACAAGUAUUGUUAGACGGAUUAAGUGAUACUCCCUCUAGUCUUAUAUAUAAGCAAAAAUCCUUUUCUAGGUUUAUAUCUGAUCUAUAUUAUGAACCAGAUACAUCAGUUAUUCAAUGAACUUGAAAAAUGAAUUUUUGUUUAUAUAUGAGAACAGUAGAAGUACAUGUUUGGUGUGACAAAGUUGUUUAAUGGAAAAUUCCUUCAAAUAAAAAGGACUUGAAAACCAAUGUAUAUUUGUUAUGUCUGCUGCUGGGUGUUUGGUGUGGUUGGAAGGGCUGUCUUCGAAACAGAAGAGUGUAAGUUUGUCAGCAGGUUUGCGAGUCGGUGGUAGUCUGUCGUGUCCUUUAGGCUAUUGCUUUGCAUUUGCAGUUAUCAAACUUGUAAUGCAAGGUUAUAACUUUGUGUGGAAUGGGUGUUGUUUUGCUUCUUUUGUUUGUGAGCAGGUUUUUAUAGCUGUCCUAUAUUUAGUUUUAGGAUUGUUCUUUAGCUUUGUUUUUUAUAUUGCUCUUUGAUGUGUUAGUUGAGAGCUUUCUUUUUCUUGUGUAUCAUUUUGUCUUUUGAUGUAUUGUUUGUACAUUAUCUUGUUCCUUAAUAAUACAUUUGCAGUUAAAAAAAAAUUGUAUAUUUGUUAUGUCAUAUGUUCUUAUGCUUUAAUAUUUUGAAAGUUUCUCAGC